GGAAGCAGUCAUAUAAUUUUAGAAAAUUCAGGAAUUUUUUUUUAUUGACCGGAAGAUUUUAACUUGUAAAAGUUUAAAUGGUAUUGUACAGAGAUGGCAGAUAAUUCAACAGUUUUCACUAAAUCACCGAAAGGACCUUACAAACUACUAGAGGAACUUGUUGCUAAAAAUGGCUUAAAGAUGCAGUGGGACAUCAAUCUACAAAAAGAUGAAUAUGUUGCCAAGCUUAUCCUUGAAGAUGAAGAAUACUCUGGAUGUGGGGCAAAUAAGAAAACUGCAAGAGAUAAUGCCUCUUAUGAUGCCUUAAUGAAUACAAAAUACCAUAAUGAUUGCAAAACAACAAAUAUUGAUAAAACACCAGUUUCUAAGUUAAGCGAAUUUUGUCAAAAUAACAUGCAGAUAAACCAUAGCUAUGAAGAAAUUUACAAAGAGGAAGAUGAAUUCGUCUGUAGAUUGAUAAUUACUCAUGGUAAUAAUGGUAUUGUCAAAGAGGAAGAGCAUGUAGGAAGGGCAAAAUCAAAGAAAGAUGCAAAGCAUGAUGCUGCUUCCCGAGCUCUUAGAAAAAGUACCAUUCUUCAUAAAUCUUCUUCCAAAGAUAUAGCUUCUGCGGAUGGAUCAUAUGCAUGUAUAGGAAAUCAGACUGGUUAUGUUCUUAUCAUUAACUUUAGGAAAGAGAGAGACUGGGCAGAAAAAGACGAAGAAAAUAUAAUUGAAUUAAUGAGUGGUAUAUUAAAAUUUGAAUAUUCGGUUGUGGUAGACCCAACAAAAGCGGAGCUGGUUGAAAUUCUAGAAAAUAUUUCAAGCAAUUUGAAUGAGAAUUAUAAAUCGUAUCAUUGUUUUAUGGUAUUUUUAAUGGCUCAUGGAAGUCAGUUUGGAGUCAUAACUGCUGAUAAAGGUAAAAAGAAGAUAACCAUUUCCGUGGAUGAAAUAAUGGAAUUGUUUAAAAAUGAUAAAAUACCAAAUUUUGUAGGUAAGCCUAAAAUGUUUUUUAUCCAAAGCUGUAGAGGGAACUCAAUCCAAGAUACUUUUGUUCAGCCAGACGAUGACGACGAUGACACUUUAGAGAGAAUAUCAGCACCUACUGAUGCAGACAUUCUAAUUGCGUAUGCAACUACUGAAGGUUAUAAAGCUUUUCGACACAAGAACUUUGGGUCUAUGUUUAUCUAUGAAUGUAUACAGAAGUUUAAAGAACAAUAUACUAAGACGCAUCUAGAAGAAAUGAUGAUUGAUGUCAAAGCAGCACUUGCACUAGGCUCUGCAGACAAGACAAAAAGGCAUGUACAAAUGCCUUGUACAUGGAGCACUCUUACAAAAAGACUUUAUUUAGUACCUACUGAGUGGUAAUUAACCUAGAAAAUAAAACGGAUUAUGAUAUUCGUCUUGUUAUGAAACAGCGUAACAAAAAUCUUGUUUCUAAUUUAAUAAUAUUUAAAUAUUUGACUUAUAACGCAAGGAACAUUCGCUUUUUCCAAAAUAACCUUGAAUUUCAAGUUUACUGUUUUCUGUGGUAUAUUAAAAUAUAAAUAAAAACACACUUUGCUUA